GCGUAUGCCUCAAAUCGGCGACUACCUCGCGCAGCUCUGGUCUAACGGCAAUGUCUUGGAGGAGCAUUCGAUCGAGUGGGAUCUCCAACGCGGAACAGUGACAUGUCACGUACUUGGCGCGCCAGCUUCUGAGUUCUCCCUCGCCGUGCACUUCAAGAAGGCCGACAAGGCGGUGCGCAUCGAGUUGCUCGCAGAUGGCGAGGUGCUCGAUGUGCGAAUUACAGAUAAAGGAAUGAAAGAGGCGUAUAUUACUGGAAAUCGGCUGAGUAAAGAUGAAGUACGGCCGUUCCGCUUUCGAUCAUCAGGAUACGACGAAGAUGACCCUGAUCAUCCACCCGGAGGAACGAUCACAGUCGAGUUGACUUUUGUUGAAGUCAUCCAGCACGAGCGUAUUAGACUCGAUGAACCAGGAUUCCAGGCGCAGAGUGAUGUUGUUGGCUCAGUGCGGAUGGGUCAAAUCGUGCGUAGACCGCGACUAGAUCCGCGGCAAAGCGCUGCCUUUGACUUUCUCCCUGAAUGGGGUGACCGGCCAUUUGCUACUUUCCAUUUCAAGCAUCGUCCGAGACGGUGGAUAGAACAAAAUGGGAUGAUACGAGGUCGUCCUACGGCAUCUCGGUCACCAGCGCGUGCCGCACGAUGAAAGGAUGGGGGGACGCCAUUGUUGAUCACGUGAGAUGAAGAGUGCCUCUUGUAGGCCUUAGGGCCCUUAUAAUGUUACGACCGCUGUUGUUGUGCAAUAUUCGUAUGUGCACUUCUACCAUGUACUCGUAGGGAACUCAGUACGAUAC